AUGCAGCGAAUAAUACUGCCUCCGGACGCUCUCUACAUUACGAAGUCGAUUCCGGAGGAUUGUCACCUGGAUAUGGGUCCUCCAGAGGAGCACUCGGGAGCCGAAACGAGAGGCCUUGGGAACGACUCCGUCGACGUGCAAGGGCAGACCGAUGACAUGUUCGGAACGGAAUACAGCACAGAUGGUUUGUUUUCGAAAGAGGGGAACAUAGACAUCCAAGAGGAACCCACGUCGGAGGAAAUUCCUCGACGUGCCAGCGAGUCAGGGGGCUACUCCUUCGACAGCUCCACCAUGUCAUUCAUAGGCUUCUGCAACCUGACGCGCGGCAAGUUCAGACAGAUGGGAUCGAAGCUGCGCGGUAGUUUAAGGUCGAUGUCGAGAGAGCUGGGAUUAUCAACAUCACAACCCAGCUCGAUGGAGUUGACACCAAAGCAGCGCAGAAAGCUGCAGCACCAGAGCAUGGUAUUUCCAGCAAAGCACGCAACAUCGCAGCUUGCAAAUGAUGCAGUGUAUGGCGUCCAAGAAGACGCAUUGUUCGGGGAACGCGAGGUCGCGAACCCGAAGUCAACGAAACCAUGGUUGCCGUUACGCAAAAAGGACUCUAGGCAGGUGCCAGCUAGAGUUAGCGAACCAGCCAUUGUGAGGAACCAGCUUCCCAGCAAGCGGAAUGAAGUGGAAUCCGCUCGUAAAAGCUCGAUAGCAACACACAAAGGUAGGGAAAUCAACAUGCAGGAUAUGUCUGGUCCUAUGCCGUCGUGCUAUGUCAUCACUAAAGACAAGGAUUCGCUGUGCAGCAAGUUCUGCCUCGACGUAUAUACGACGUUCAAGCUUACGCUGAACUCCGGCAAGGCUUAUGACUUCAAGCAGCUUAUCGCCGUCAACAAAAAUGUCAACGAUAUACGCCUUGAGAAGCAGAAGGGCAACGCCAAGACGCAGACUGCGCGUGGGACGAUGAUCGCCAAGCAGAUCGAACCGCGUCACAAAAUGUUCCCAGUUUUAGCCAGGAUAUGCCCGCCUCUCUGUCGCACCGCCAAAGAUGACACUGCGGCCCUCAACAACACCACCCUGGUCACGGUGGUGAACAAGGGGAGCGCCAACUUGUUCAUACUCAAGUUCCAAGGCUACUGCAAAAAUUACAUGGACGUCAGCCCCGAUUUUGGAUGGAGGCGGCUGGUGGAGGAAUACACCACAGAGGACUCUAAAAGCGCCGAGGACGUGCCCAAUGUGACAUGCCCGGUAGACGAGACCUUUGCCCAGCGGACGUACAUGUACUACAGGGAAUCGAAGAGGAUAACACACAUGAUAGGCCUCUCCGAACUUGCCAUCAACGUGGCCUGUCGGGCGAUAAUACUCGGGAUAGCAGAUGGUAUGAUCGACGGCGCGGAUGCGCCGUCCUUCAUCAAAGAAAUCAUCAUGCAGCAAUAUGAAGGUAUGUCAGAGGUGCUAAACACGCCUCGAAACGCGGAACAAGGUCCAGAUGGGCAGGAAAAGUUUACAAAAAGUCCAAUGUACCUGAACAGCAGCUUCAUUGGACUUUUUGUGAACUCAUCAAUGCGCUCUGUCUUGGACAGCGAGCCUUAUGUAGAACGCAUGCGGGAUAGCAAGCGCUCUGUCAGGUGGAGCAUGCCUGAGAAUGUGGAAAGAAAGGCCAAUGUCGGAGAAGGCGUCGAUAAGGACGUCGACGAACCCAGCGUAUACAAAUUCAUCCCGAUACCGGACUACGGAUGGCGGCUAGUACAGAGGGCUUACUUCGAUCGCAAGCACGCGGACACCACCCGUAGAUGUAGUGCAAGGAAUUCGGUGGCCUCAAAGCUACGCAGUGUGUUCAGAGUCAACACCGUAUCGGGUCUUACGCCGACCAACAUAUACUCUAACUCUGUCCUCUGCAAGGUAAGGCCGCCGCAUGUUGAAGAUCAUAACGCUUUUGUGCGCGUAGAUGUGGGUUCUAUCGCGAUGAACAUGGCGGAACAACUCUACCGACUCGAAAUGAGGCAGCGCCGACGAGAGAAAUUGCCGAAGCAGACAUUCGGCUUCAAGGUCCAAGACCAAAAUGUAGUCGUGUCGCCAUGCGGCACGCAGUUCAAGCUCAUACCAGAGGAGCUCAUACUUAACGUCGCGACGCUGGUGCAUGAAAUGUACAUCACACAGGCGUGCCUCAUUCUGUAG